UCGUGCUCUCCUUGCUUGCCCGCUCUCUGCGCGCGCACUUUUGUGUUGUGUGUGUGUGUGUGUGUGUGUCUGUGUGUGUGUACUGUGGUGUGUAUUUUCCCGUGGAUUGUAUUUCCCUGCGCGCGUUGCCCCGUCUCUCUGUGGAUGCUCUCGCGCGAGGAUGGCGCUUCUGGCGCUCAGCGUGUCGGUGCUGUGGCUCGCGAUCCUCCACCCGGUUCCGGCUCGCGCCGACUCAAUCAUCCACAUCGGUGCGAUCUUUGAGCAGGACGCAGUUCGGGACUCGGAGGUGUUUCAGCUGGCCAUUUCCGAUCUGAGUCUGAGCGAUGACAUCCUGCAGAAUGAACGUGUCACACACUCCAUCAAACUCAUUGAACCCGACAACCCGUUUCAGGCCGUGCAGGAAGCGUGUGAACUGAUGAAUCAGGGCAUCCUGGCAUUGGUGUCAUCGACAGGCUGCGCUGCGGCUCGCGCUUUGCAGUCCCUUACGGACGCCAUGCACAUCCCUCACCUGUUCAUACAGCGUGGAGGACACGGAGCUCCGCGCGCGGAGUGUUCGUUCAACACCAGACCCGACGCAGAGACGUACACGCUAGCUGCACGGCCGCCUGUACGCCUCGACCACGUCCUGCUCACGCUCCUGUCUGACCUGCACUGGCGCAAAUUCAUCAUCUUCUAUGAUGCAGAGUAUGAUGUGGGCGGAUUAAAGGCGUUUCUGGAUCAGGCAUCUCGCACCGGGUUGGACGUGUCUCUGCAGCAGGUAGAGCGGAACGUCUCGAAGGUUUUCCUGACGCUCUUCAGCACGAUGAAGACAGAAGAGCUGAACCGUUACAGAGACUCUCUGAGACGUGCCAUCUUACUAUUGAGUCCACGUGUCGCUCACGCCUUCAUCAACCAGGCUGUCGAGACGAACCUCGCAUCCAAGGACUCUCACUGGGUUUAUGCAAAUGAAGAAGUGAGCGAUGCUGACAUCAUGGAUCUUGUCCACACGUCUCUGGGUCGUCUGACGGUCAUCAGGCAGAUUUUUCCCGAGUGGAGAAACAACAACGCUCAGUGCAGGAGGAAAAACCAGAGAGUUAAGUCACUGCUGUGUGAACCUCAAGAGGAGUACCUACACAGCCUGGAGGUCUCCAGUCUCUACCUGUAUGACAGCGUGUUGAUGUUGGCGAAUGCAUUCUACAGGAAGUUAGAAGACAGGAAGUGGCACAGCAUGGCGAGUCUGAGCUGCAUGAGGAAAUCGACUAAACCUUGGAACGGUGGCUGGUCCAUGCUCGACACCAUCCAGAAGGGGCGGAUCUCAGGCCUGACCGGACUGAUGGAUUUCCGCAGUAAUGGAGCGAAUUCUCACGCUCAGUUUGAGAUCUUGGGGACGGCGUACAGCGAGACGUUCGGAAAAGACGUCAAACGCUUAGCAGUAUGGGACUCUCUCCGCGGCAUGAACGGUAGUUUGAAGGAGAGUAAAGUGGACAGCGGGAUGCAAGGGGUUUUGCUGAGAGUCGCGACAUUACUGGAGGAGCCCUUUGUGAUGGCAGCGGAGAACACACUUGGACAACCGAAGCGAUAUAAAGGCUUCUCCAUCGAUGUGUUAGAUGCUCUGGCCAAAACUCUCGGCUUCAAAUACGAGAUUUAUCAGGUCGCAGAUGGAAAAUACGGCUCUCCACAACCCAACGGCUCCUGGGACGGUCUGAUCGGGGAACUCACCAACAAGAGGGCAGACAUGGCGAUCGCAGCGAUCACCAUCACUCCAGAACGCGAGGGUGUGGUCGACUUCACUAAGCGCUACCUGGAUUACUCUGUAGGGAUCCUAAUGAGCAAGUCUGUGGAGAAGCUGUCGAUCUUUUCACUCCUGGCGCCCUUUGACCUGUCGGUGUGGGUGUGCCUCUGCGCUGCCGUGCCCGUGGUGGGAGUGAUGAUCUUCUUCCUGCGCCGUGUUCAGUCUUUCUGUUCACGCCAGAGUGCCGCCACUACCAACAUUGCCAACACCAGCUUACUGAACACAGUGUGGAUCAUUUAUGGAGCCUUCACUCAGCAAGGUGUGGAGUCAAUGGUUGCCUCAGUAUCGGUGAGAAUCGCAUUGGGCAGCUGGUGGCUCUUCACACUCAUCGUAUGUUCGUCAUACACGGCUAACCUUACAGUGUACCUCACUACACACAGACUGGAUAACACUGUCAGGUCUCUGCAGGAUCUGGCGCAGCAGUCAGGCAUUAAUUACGGCACAGUGAGAGACUCGGCUGUGUUUGAAUAUUUCAAGAUGAAGGGGACGAACCCACUGGAGCAGGACAGCACAUUCUCUGAGCUAUGGAGGACCAUCAACAAACAUCAAGGACAGGAGAACUGUGUACACACUCUGGCUGAAGGCAUAAGAAAGGUAAAGCAGGAGGCGUAUGUAUUCCUGUGGGACAUGGCUGUGUUGGAGUACGCUGCCCUGACUGAUGAUGAGUGUUCACUCACGGCUACGUCAGACCCACAACAUACCAAAGGCUACGGCAUCGCCCUUCAGCACGGCAGUCCUCACCGAGACAUCCUCUCACACACGAUCCUCGAGCUGCAGCAGCAUGGUGAUGUGGAUGUGUUAAAGCAAAAGUGGUGGCCACGUAAAGGCCGCUGUAUCAAUGAGCGUCGCUCGGAGAGUCGAGCUUUAACACUGCACGCGCUCUCUGGAGUGUUCUGUUUACUUGCUCUUGGCCUGUUCGUAUCAGGCCUGGUGGGGGCGCUGGAGAGCUGGUACACACACACCCCCUGCAGGACCAUUACACAGGAUAAGGAGGUGGACUUGGAGCAGGUCCAGCAGCGGUUCAGUGGACUCAUUAGCGAUGAUGAUUUAUCGCAUAAACAGCUUCCUGCUUCACCACUGGACAUCUCUACUCUAGACGUUGGCACCAUCUGUCAGCGUCAGGACUCCCGUGAUACCAUGCCCCCAUUUCCUCCCGGGGCUCUGUCUGUUCCCUCACUUUAUUCUGAAAGUGGUGUUGGGGGUAUGGCCAGCAGAAACAUGCCCCUCCCACUUUCCAGCUCCACACUGCCCCCUCCCUCGCGCUGUAAACAUCGGGCACCAAAUGGAGGAAUUUUACACCAAAGUCCCAUAAAAAUGCCAGUUAAAUACCAGCCAGUGCCCAGCAGAGCCAUGGAUACCAAUCACGGCACCUCGAUAUGACAUCAUACAACCGAAACCUCUACCACCUGAGCCAACAGAUCCCAGUAAAUAAUAUGACGUUCAAAUAAAACAUUCUACCAUAUGAGCAACUGAGCCAUCGACUAAAGUAAUGGCGCCCCCAAAUAUGAUAUUCAGCUUGCCAAUUAUAACAACAAGCAGCCAAGCAAAGACAUCGUAACUUCUGGAACAAAGCGUGAAACUAUUUUUGCUGAAAUAAAGUCACAGAGACAGAGUUUCUCAUUCCUCUGAGACUUUAACUUUAUUAAACUGUGCAUAUCUGUAAAUAACUGAACAGGUGGUGAAGUCAGAGUGUAUUUUCAAUAUACUAAAUGUUUUUUGACUUUGGUAUUAAAAGGUGUAAAAUGUCUCUCGCGCUCUCGCUCUCGCUCUCUCUC